AUGGCGAAGUCUCAAGAAAAGCGAGGGAAUUGGUCUAACUGGUUGGAAUUUUUGUUUUCGUGUGUUGGUUGUAUGGUAGGAAUCGGAAAUAUUUGGAGAUUCCCUUUCAUUUGCUAUAGAUCAGGCGGAGCUGCCUUUUUAAUCCCUUAUUUCCUGGCAAUGUUUGUAUGUGGAUUACCAUUAAUAUUUCUCGAAAUGAGUUAUUGCCAAUACUCUAAUCUUGGACCAGGCAGAGUAUGGAUUAUAUGCCCUCUUUUCAAAGGAAUAGGAUUUGGAAUGAUAAUAUUAACAGCUGUCAUAAGUUGUUAUUAUAAUGUGGUAUUAGCUUGGACAUUGUAUUAUUUGGGAAAGUCUUUUACCACCGUCUUACCGUGGAGUUCUUGUGGGAAUUCUUGGAACUCUUUGAAUUGUGUAGACGUGUAUGGUACUGUCUUUAAAAACUCGACUGUAAACGAAACUUGGAACAGUGCAGUAAAUAUUUCCAAUUCAACUGUUUCAUCAACUGAAGAAUAUUGGAUAAACCACGUGUUAGAUGAUAAGGGAGAUUUUCAUACUCUGGGUUCUGUAAGAUGGCAGUUAAUAAUUUGUCUUACCGUUGCAUGGAUAUGCGUAUUUCUGUGUUUAAUAAAGGGCAUCAAAUCGUCGGGGAAGGUGGUGUAUGUUGCAGCAACAGUUCCUUAUCUCAUCCUUCUAGCUUUAUUAAUACGAGGUUGUAUGUUACCUGGAUCAUUACAGGGUAUAAAAUAUUAUGUAAUUCCAAGAUGGGAAAAAUUGUUGGAAUCUAAGGUAUGGCAAGAUGCAGCAGUACAGGUGUUUUACUCAGCAGGAAUUGGCUGGGGUGGAAUUUCAACUUUAGCAAGUUACAAUAGAUUUUCUAACAAUUGUUACAGAGACGCAAUGGUGUUACCCGUACUCGACUGUUUAACUAGUUGGUUUGCAGGAUUUGUUAUAUUUGUCUUCCUUGGGUAUAUGGCUCAUAUUGAAGGUAAAAAUGUAGAUGAAGUAGUGGCCAGUGGUCCUGGAUUGUCUUUUGUUACAUAUCCUCAUGCUGUAGCCACCAUGCCUGUUUCUCAACUUUGGUCGUUUUUAUUUUUUGCCAUGUUGUUUCUUGUUGGAAUGGAUAGCCAGUUUGUCCACAUUCAAACGAUAACAACUGGUUUAACUGACGCCGUUCCACAGAUUGGUAAAACCAGCAGAAGGAAGACUGCAUUGACAGCCACUGUUUGCUGUGUAGGAUUUCUUUUUGGUAUACCAUUUACAACUCGUGGUGGAAUUCAUCUACUGAAUCAUAUAGAUGGGUAUAUUUCCACUAUAUCGGUAAUGUUACUUGCAUGUAUUGAAACGUUAGUUUUAAGCUGGUUAUAUGGUGUAAAUAGAUUAUAUGAAGAUAUAACAUCUAUGAUCGGAUAUAGACCAAAUUUUAUAUGGAGACCUUUAUGGAUGGUCAUAUCACCAGUAUUCAUUUUGGUAAGAAGUCUUACUCUAGCUCCCUGGACAGUAUAUAUUACCUUUCAUGAAAAGUAUCAGUUGAUUGCUAAAAACUUCUUGUUCACUCAAGUUGGCCAGUAUAAAGACUUGAUUGUUUGGAGGGCCAAGUAA